AUGAAAGCCAAGCUCCGCACCUCGGGCCCCGUCGAGGUUGUCGACCCGCUCUUCCUCAACCCGCGCCCCAAGAUCGGUGGCGAGUACAAGGCGGCGCUCAAGCGGCUCCUGCGAGCCAGGGUCGGCGGCAUACGCGAAGGGGACAAGCCGCUGCUCCAGGCCGUCAUGCCCACGCUCAUCCGCGCCGCCAACGACCCCCUCAUGCCGGACCCCGACCGCUUCUACCAGGACCCGGACUACUUCCCGGACUACACUGGCAUCUUGCGGCUAGUGCAGCAGCUGCGGGCGUGGUAUGGCACCCGGACGUAUUUCUAUCGAUGA